CGCCUCUGUAUCAUACUAACGAUAGUGUAGUCUCUUAGCUAUGAUCGGCGUCAUACUCAGCUUCGUCAUAACUAAUAACGGGGAGGGAUGGGGUUGGGAAACAGCUUCAGACGGCGAGCUCAAAUUCUCCAGCAACACUCACUCCGCCCACACCACCUUCCUCAACGCCUGGCUCGCCAACAUGUCGCAAGUAGUUCUAUCGCUUUGCUACAUGAACCUAAACAGCUUCUAUACCACCAUGACCAGCGCAACAGAGUGGAAUAAUCUAGCCUUUACAAGGAAAGGCCUUCGUGUCAGCGAGCCCAGAGGCGAACAGCAAAGUACAUACUUCCUCCAGCUUCCUUAUCGCUGGGCAAUGCCUUUGAUCGUCCUCGGUACGGCGUUGCAUUGGUUGUUGUCGCAGACAUUCUUCCUGGUGCGCAUCGACGUGUUCAAUGAAGAUGGCUACCUGACCACUGAGGGCUCCAGAUCUGCCUGCGGUACUUCAGUCUCAAGCUUCAUCGUCUUCUUCGUCGUGUUCUUUGGUCUUUGCAUCGCCGUUCGAGUGCAGGCGAGCAGGAAUCUUGUCACGGGUUUGCCGCAGGCGGCGUCGAAUAGCCUUGUCAUCAGCGCUGCGUGCCAUCCACCCAGCGAUGAGAUUGAUGCAAACAAAGCAGGACUAAGGAGCGACUUGAGAGAUAAGGGUUUUUCAAACGUUUGGACCUGGAAUGCGUGCAGUAUAAGGUUUUGUAGCCGCUGUCCAGGCUUUGGAUUUGACACUGGCCGCCAUGUGGUCGAAAAUGGAUCCACUUUGUCCGCGAACCGACUGACGUUUCACGGAGUGUCUGCCUACGAAGUCGAAGUAUUCAUUGGCAUUCCGGCCGCUACCACUCGUUGCUGCCAUGACCUGAAGCUUUGCGCCUGCAUGCGCACGGGUGUAUGCAGGUCAGAGGAACAAGCCGCUGGACAAGGCCUCACCCUGGGCCACCCAACAGGAGGGAACAGAGGUCGCGACCUCAUUAACCACUACAGGUUCCCAUCGCGAAGAGCCGCAUUUUCCGCUGCGCAAGACAGCUGAGCGUCGUCCGUUGUCUUUGUCGU